AUGUCCUUGGGCCGGGCCGAGCUCGAGCCGCAAGCUUUCUUUGUUCAAACAUCGCCCCGACGAAAUGUUCGGUUCGAUUUACGUGAAAGCGAUCUGUCGAAACAAGAAUCUAUAAAAGAGAAUAUUCCAUUGAAUCCUGAAUGUUUUAAUCGGAAAAUCCGUCCAUUAUCAACAAUUCUCAAUAAUAGUCGAUCGACAACACCAACCUCAAGGAAAAUGUUUUAA